ACUUCCCAGAAAUUUUGGAGCCUAUGGAACAUCUGAAAUUUCUUAGUUUACAAGGAACAGCGGUUAAAGAGCUACAUUCAUCGAUAAAAAUGCUAAUUGGGCUUCAAAGUUUAAUUCUCGAUAGGUGCGAAAACCUUGAGUUUGUCCCAGACAGCAUAUACAGUUCAAAACAUCUUAAGACGUUGAGCUUUGCUGGCUGCCUGAGUCUCAGCAAUUUAAAUCUCUCACUCGGUUUGUGCUCUUCGGAACUAAUAAGCCUAUGUUUCUGUAUUAAAUUAGAAAUCCCCGACCUCCUCAUGUUUUUACCCUGGUUACGAGAUUUAGAUCUAGGAGGAACCAAAUUUGAGAGCAUACCUUCAAGCAUCAAACGAGGUUGUCAAUUGUCUCACCUGCGGUUAAACUAUUGCAGAAACCUUCGAUCUUUACCAGAGCUCCAUGUACUACGUAGUGUUGAAGCAAAUGACUGCAGGUCACUAACGACAGUGUCAAUUUCAAGAAAUUCACUCACACAAGCUUGGGAAAAAUAUGAAUUGUUUCGAGGGAGUUAUUAUUUUACCAAUUGCCGAAACUUGGAUCAUAAGGCACGGAGCAACAUAUUCACUGAUGCACAGCUAAGAAUCAUGCGAGUUGCAACUGCGCCAGCGAACUUUAAGGAAGAAGAAUGUUAUAAGGAUAUCACUGGUGGUACUUCAGUUAGCAUUGUCUAUGAGGGCAAUGAAAUUCCAAAUUGGUUCAGCCAUCAAAACAACGGAUGUUCAAUAAUUGUCAAGCUUCCUCUAGAUUGGUACAGUACAUGUAUGGAGCUGAUUCACAGCUAAGAAUUAUGCGAGUGGCAAGUGCUCCAUCAAUCUUUGAAGAAAAAGGCUUUGAAGAAGCAAAAUUAAAACGCUCCGCUGCUUUCUAUAUGAAUGGAACAUAAGAGUCAAUUAAAUGUUGGCUUUUUAGCCAAAAUAGUUUAUGAGAUUCCCAUAAAUCAUUAUUUUGGUAUCUGAGAUUUGAAAGAAAUAGAAGUGGUCCCUUAGUUUGUCCACCAUCAAUCAUUUUGAUCAU